AUGAGCACGACACAGGAUGUGCAGCGCGGCUUCACCAAUCCUACUCCCAAGACUGAAUCGGCGCGCUCCGCCUUGAACUCUUUCACCUGCACACUGUGCAACAAAUCCUACUCCCGCCACCCCGAAUAUGAAGCCCAUAUAUCAUCAUAUGAUCACCAACACCGCAAGCGCCUGCAGGAUCUCAAACAGCUUUCCCGGGAUCCGAACGCUGCGGAGAAAGCAAGACGAGCAGAGCGGAAAGCUGAUGCGGAAGCCGGCCUAAGGGUACUAGACACCCACAAAGGUAGUCCCUCAACAACCGGAAUAGCUAGCGGAAACGGCCUCAACUCUGAGGGUGGGGGAGGCUUCAAGAAAGGAGGUUUCAAAAGCUCCUUCACGGCAGUAAAAGGACCCGUUGCCCCAGGUGCGCCUACCAAGAAGAAUGUUCUAGGGGGGGAUGACGAUGAUCAUGAAGACUCCACUAAGCCGGAAUACGCAUAUUCGGACAAUCACACUCGGAAAACGACAGCGAAACGCCACAGUCCCCAAGACAGACAAGAGGAAAGCGAUACUGAAUGCGAAGUUGCCGAUGCGGUUUAUUAUAAUCCUCAUCACCCUACAGGUUGCUACCACGGAUGUGCAGGGAGUAGGACGGACAAUCGAGCUGAAAUAGAAAAUGUUUGAAAAAAUGCAAUGCUUCGACCUUUACGAGGCAUACGGUUUAGGUGGUAUUUGAUUACUCAUAUAUGUCACCUGUCCCUCUACUUGUGGGUGUGGUUUAGGCGGUCUUUCCUUUCCACCAAACUGUGAAUAUCAACGUGUAUAGGGUAUGGUAUCUUCACCUACACGGUACAUUUUGGUGACUGGACAACUACAGAAAGAGUUUUGAAGCACUAGCGCAUGAAGAGAUCUAUAGGAACUCGGUCAUCAUAAGUUGUUGUCUAAAAAUGCAAAUUGGAAU